CGCUCUCGGAAGGUGUCUGAGCUCGGGGGAGCGCGAGGGCCAGCCUUUCACGCCCCUGCCACCCAGUCCCCGGGCCGCCUCCCCGCAGCCGGGACGAGGCGAGACAGCCUGCGGAGGGUGGUCCACGAAACCGGGGGUCUCCCUCCUCGCGCCGCCAACUAGUUGCGCAGCCACAGUGACUGAACUUUGGAGGAGCCAUCCUUUUUUCUUGCUUAAAAAAAGAGAACAGAAAAAAGUGGCAGAGGGUGGGAGACGCAGCCGAGGCGGCCGACCCACCCCUCCACCACGAUGCUGGUGAAGAAGCACGCAGGGAAAGGAGGCAGCCGCGAGCCGAGCCCCCUGGACCGGAGCCCCGCGGCGCAGCGAUGUGCCCGGACCUGGCCCCCGGGUGCUACCCUGGCGGCCCUCCUGUCAGUGGUGGCCGUGGGGUCCUGCCUGUACCUAGGGGUGAAGACCAACGAUCUCCAGGCCAGGAUCGCCGCCCUGGAAUCCGCCAAAGGCGACCCUUCCUUCCGUCUGCUGCCAGAUUCACUGGACCAGCUCAAGGCGAUGGUGCAAGAGAAAGUGGAGGGACUUCUCGCUCAGAAAUCCUAUGAACAUAUGGCUAAAAUCAGAAUCGCAAGAGACAUACCCUCAGAAUGCAACUGCCCAGCAGGCCCUCCAGGGAAACGAGGGAAGAGGGGCCGAAGAGGAGAAUCCGGUCCUCCUGGACAGCCUGGUCCUCAGGGUCCUCCUGGUCCAAAAGGUGAUAAGGGAGAACAAGGUGACCAGGGACCGCGGAUGGUGUUUCCUAAAAUCAAUCAUGGGUUUCUCUCUGCUGAUCAGCAGCUCAUUAAACGCCGCUUGAUUAAGGGUGACCAAGGACAGGCGGGACCUCCGGGACCACCAGGCCCACCAGGCCCCAGAGGUCCGCCUGGGGACACAGGGAAAGAUGGCCCCCGUGGAAUGCCAGGCGUGCCCGGUGAGCCAGGGAAACCAGGAGAAGAAGGCUUAAUGGGUCCUCUGGGUGCUCCUGGACAAAAGGGUUCUGUUGGAGCGCCUGGCAUUCCUGGGAUGAACGGGCAAAAGGGUGAGCCUGGACUUCCUGGAGCAGUAGGACAAAGCGGAACGCCAGGAUCAAGGGGAGAACCUGGAGAACGAGGAGAAAAGGGAGAUGCUGGAGAAAAUGGCCCCAAAGGUGACACGGGCGCAAAGGGCGAUCCUGGGUCAUCUGCUGCUGGCAUUAAGGGUGAACCUGGCGAAUCUGGUCGUCCGGGACAAAAGGGUGAACCAGGGCUUCCGGGCCUUCCUGGACUGCCGGGGAUAAAGGGAGAACCAGGCUUCAUUGGUCCUCAAGGGGAACCAGGCUUACCAGGACUGCCGGGAACAAAGGGUGAACGCGGGGCGGCUGGGCCUCCAGGAAGAGGCGAGCGGGGAGAACCGGGCAUCCCUGGACCCAAGGGGAAGCAAGGUGAAUCAGGAACUAGAGGCCCAAAGGGGUCCAAGGGUGAUCGUGGAGACAAAGGGGACUCUGGCACCCUGGGACCAAGGGGUCCACCUGGUCCAAAGGGGGAUCAAGGAGCCACCGAGAUCAUAGACUACAAUGGCAAUCUCCACGAAGCCUUGCAGAGGAUUACCACCUUAACUGUCACGGGUCCCCCUGGGCCUCCAGGACCUCAAGGACUUCAAGGGCCAAAGGGAGAACCAGGAUCUCCGGGAAUCCCAGGUGUUGAUGGAGAGCAGGGCUUCAAAGGCUCAAAGGGAGACAUGGGAGACCCAGGUAUGCCGGGUGAGAAAGGAGGAAUUGGACUUCCUGGAUUACCGGGUGCCAACGGAAUGAAGGGGGGGAAAGGAGACUCCGGAUUCCCUGGUCCUCAAGGUCCUUCCAUCAUAGGCCCACCGGGCCCACCAGGUCCCCACGGCCCACCAGGCCCCAUGGGACCCCAUGGACUUCCUGGACCAAAGGGAGCAUCUGGCUUAGACGGAAAGCCAGGAUCCCGGGGUACAGAUGGCCCUAUGGGACCCCAUGGCCCCGCAGGUCCCAAGGGAGAAAGAGGUGAAAAAGGAGCUUUGGGGGAGCCAGGACCCAGAGGGCCCUACGGUCUGCCUGGCAAAGAUGGAGAGCCCGGUCUUGAUGGCUUCCCUGGUCCACGUGGUGAGAAGGGCGAUCUAGGAGAAAAAGGAGAAAAGGGGGAAAAGGGAAAGAAAGGCAAAAAGGGCCCCAAAGGGGAGAAAGGAGAACAGGGUGCCCCUGGAUUAGAUGCGCCUUGCCCGUUGGGAUUCCGUGGCGUUAAGGGGGAAAAAGGGGAGCCAGGCCAGCCUGGCCUGGAUGGGCUGGAUGCCCCUUGCCAAUUGGGACCAGAUGGAUUGCCCAUGCCUGGCUGUUGGCAAAAGUGAUGUCUCUAACCUUCCAAGCAUGAAGUUGUGUAUAUAACGGUCCACCUUUUAUAUUUAUAGUUGAAAACUGAAUGGCAGAUUUGACACGUCUGAGAUAUGUUUACAUAGAGCUGCUUCUUCCUGCUCACAGUAGUCCCUUGUCCAUCAUUUCUUCAGUUACUUCAGAAAUUGGGCAGGAUAUAAAACCAGUGAGAUGCCUGCAAAAACUGUAAUAAACAAAAAAAUAGAGCUUUUUAUCUUACAUGAAGAUAUUGGUAUUUGUAUGGACAUCUCAGUGAUAGAGAGUAAUUGGGGUUCGGUGGGGUUUUUUUGUUUUUACUUCGGGCUUGCUACUUGCAUGGACAGAAAGUGCCAUGAAAUCGUUUACAUGAAAUUGUGACCAAAUACGAACUCAGAGCUACGAAAAUGCCCAGCCUACCCCCUUCGCCAUCAGUGUCGAUUCACGCCCACACCGCCCCCUGAGAUGGACUAAACAGCAUGGCUGUGUGACCAGCAUGCUUGGUGUUCAGUGUCACGGGCUAGCAUGCAGCCCGAUGAGCCCUUUGAUCCCAUCUGAACUGCAUUUCUUUUGUCGUCUCAAGGGGGUCACGCCGUGGCUCAUAGCCAAAAAGAGAUAAGGUGGCAGAAAGCACACACCCAACUGGUCUUGUAUUUUGAGGGAGUUGCAGCCCCGAUUGCGCAGCCACAGCGUCCAGUCUUGCGGGCUCACGAAGCCACCUUGAUUGAAAGGUCACGGGGCUGCUGCGACCAGUUUUCUGUGGGCGGCCCCCGCCGGAGGACACCGCAAGAGGACCUGUCCGGCAUCCUGCGGUGGACCGGUUCUUCUCGUGUGACCAAGGAGAGAAGAGGUUUACAAAUGCAAACACCCAGAGCCGCAAACUUUUCUAGCAAACGUUGAAGAUGGGUGCUUUGGGAAAAUGCAUAGGCUUACAGUACUACUUUGGGGGUAUGAGAUGCUUGAAAUGGCACCCCUGUUUUUGAAGACAUAGGACGUGCGCUUCCCCCCAAGCUCCGGUUGCCGGAGGAAUGGGAGCACGCCCUCAGAUCAGAACGGGGUCCCUGAGAACACUUCUCCUGCAGACGGUGGGGGGCUCCUCUUGCGGAGGGAAGCUGCGGGCUCAUCCUGAGAACCAGCCCAGCUCGGCCAAGGUCCGCCACGUUCCGGAAACAGGAAGCCCUUUCCUCUUCCUUGUCAUUGUUUUUAUUUUUGAGUCUCAGUAACAUCUAGAAAAGAUUUACUUCUUUGUGGGGGGUCACAUUUGAUUUGAAUACAUUUUCAAAGGAAACUCUUCAACUCAUAAUUUGUUGCCAGUAUUUUGCUAACUUCUCCCUUGUUUUGCAUAUUCGAAGGGAACACAAAGGAUUUUCUGUUCAUUCGUUACAAACAGCGGUGUUAAGGUUUGUUUUCCCCUCAGUACUUUUUGGUACACAACAAAUAUGCACGGACAUAAUGCUUAGCAGUUACCAUAGAGUCAAAGUGUGGUUACUUUUAAUAACACACGCUCAUUUCUGUACCUUGUUCUACUUACAGCUACAUUAGUCUACAUUUAGAUUUCUUUAGCUUCUUUAAAUUACAUUUCUAAAUAUUCAUUUUAUCCUCUUACGCACAGACCAAAUCUGAGAUCUCAGAAAGCUGUGAAAUAAAGUUGCCAAAAAGAGUUUUGUUUUUCACCUACUUGCUGAAAAUCUACCUAACCAGAUGAGGCUGAGCAUCUUGCUUAUUGAAAGGGGGUAGUGUGUUUUGAAUUACCCUAAGUGGAAGGGUCACCUUCAGAGCCACACGGUUGAUAUCGACUUGAAGUCAAUGAGUUUGAUUUUGGAUUUUUGGAAUUCCCGCUUUGAGAUUCCAGGAUACCUUUCUUUUUCUGCUGGUGUAAUGCCAUUUUAUGGGAAUAUUUCUGUUGUCAUGCAUAGGUUUUCACCAACAAAACAAAAAAUUGACUCACCUUUGAUUGUAAUAACAACAGUGAAGACAUGAUCGAAGGACAAGGAUCCUAAAAUCUAUAUAAUCUCAUAUUAUGUAACUAAAAGCUCAACGAUGCAAAAUGGCUUCUUUCUUCUUCCAAUUAUGUUUACAAGAUUGGGAAGGUGUUCAAACUAUUAAAUCAGUCUAAUUGGCCAUAUUUCCAGGAACAUUCCACAUUCCAAGCCAAUUUAGCAUUUCAAAUAUGACAGAGUGUUUUCUAGCAAACUCUUGUAUGACCUAGUUGAGAUUCAAUGUUUGAAAAAUUUGUCUUAAGAUGGUUUGGAAAAGAUGAACUAAAGCAAGUGGGACUACAGUCUCUUCAAGAAAACAAACCAUGAUGUCUUGAGAAAAAAUCUGGUAGCUGUAUGUCUCCUUCCCAACUGCCUUUCUACUUUUCUAGUAGAGGAGGGAUUGGGAUGGAUCACUAAGUAAAACCUGCAUGGCCUCAAACAGAAAAAAAAAGAAUACCUCAACAUCAAAAGAGAAAUAUUUCACUAAGAACAUAUAUAUAUUUUUUUCUAACAUAGCCCUGGGACAUAAACUCUUCUGAUAUGUGUAUGUCAGGUUUUUUGCUCAAUUACUGGCUUGACAAAGAUUGGUGUUUAUUCUAUGGUUAAAAGACAGUGUAAAUGUUCAUUACAUUUAUUUCCUUGGGAAAAACAAAGAUGAUGGGGCUCCUCUUUGUUCAGUGGAUUUGCUAGGUCUUACCAUUGGUAAUCUUCAAGUUUGGGUCACUAAUGAAUUGACACAUGUCCAUUUUGACAUCAAGGAUGAUAAUCCUCAAUUUCCCAGUAAACUAAUGAAUUACACUUGGAGUUAUAUAUGUUGGAUGAUAGAUGUUUUUCUUAAAAAAAUAUUUUUUUUAAUUUAUAUUACUGGACUGGGGGUUUAGAAAAAUAAAUACAUGAAAGGCACGUUGGUGAUAAGUCAAAGUCAAGUACUAUUUCUGAAAAAUUGUACUAUGAGGAUGCCAAAUUUGUAUUUUAUCUUUAAGUCGUUUUCUCUUCAUGUUGGUGCUAAUGUCUUUCCUUCCUUCUUUUCUGAAUGGACAAAGCUACUACUUGCGGACAAUUUCAUUUCUCUGUUUAAUCGCAUUCCUAACUUUUAGCAUGUGAUUUUUAUUUUGGAAAUUGAAGAAUUUGCUGUAAUUUUUAAUGACUAGUCUUUCUCCUGGAAGUUGAAGAAUUUGCUGUAAUUUUUAGUGACCAGUUUUUCUUAAUGUAAAACAGAUCUAAAGAGUUGCUGAUAAGUUCUUCCUGGGAUUAUGGGUCCCUUAUUACAUGUACAGUUCACAUCUGCCAUUAUCAACUUUCAGUCUUGUCUUUCAGCUUAGCUACUUUGAUUAAGGACAGAAAUCAGCUUUAGACAUGUCUGCACGCCCUGCACUGAGUUCCCGCUGCAUGAAGAUGCCUUGAUUUUUCUUCUAGUUUUCAUUUUUUAUUAUAAAAAAUAGUCUUUGAGGAUUUUUUUCUGGCUCACUUUAUUUUGUAGGGGAAAAAAUGAGAAUCACUUUCAUUUCUACAAAAAUGUUGUUUGUUCUUGAACUUACUGCCUGUGCAUGGUGUCCUAAUGGGACAGCAAAAAUGUAUGUAUCAUGUAGUCCAUAAUAUCCUUUGUCAACAAUAUGUAUAUAUACUUGCUAGUUUAGAUAAUGGUCAAAUCAGCAUUUCUAACCCUUUGGAAAAUUUGUUUUAGGUAUCACUUUUUUUAAUUAGAAAAAAAUUAUAUUAUUACUAUAACAUAAAAUUUAGCAUUUUUUUAUCCUUUUGUGCCCCUAUAUAUCAUGUUACACUGAACUGGAAAUACUUGCAUUUGGUGUCACAGCACCUUAAAAUAAGAGGUCAUAGGGGAAAAAGAGAUCUAUAAGGAACUUUUGAUUUUGAAACCAUUGCUUUCCCUUUUCUUAAUCAAAUUAAUAUUUUUAUAGUUGGCAUUGCCAAAAAUAGACUUGACUUCUAUCCCCCCCAAAAAAUAAACAAACAAAAACUCUGCUGUCUCUAGGAAAUCAAGUCCAUACGAACGUAGUUAUCAUCUCAAAAUAAGAGCAACUUCUUGAGAUUCUGGUGUUACAAGCACACAUCUUUAGUGGCAUGAACGUACCUGAUCAAUUAUACUUCUGCUGAGUUAUUUUUGAACAUAAGGACCUUCAGCCACUUCUUUUCAUCCCUUUUGUGAAAAUAUCUUCAUAUUGCCUCUCAUAUCUCAUAUGCCAGAGCAAUGACACCCCUCUGAAUUAAAUUUUCAGUCAAUUUUUAGGUAAUCAAAUGUUGAUUUAAAAUUUUAAUGUAAUUUCUGAUUUCUUUUUUUUAAAUGCAUAAAAUCGCCUAUGCUGCUCAUUGAAGGACCUGUCAUUUGGGGAGUAAACUCAUCAUUGAUAACUAAUACCAUUUUUUCAAAAUGUAAUGAUAUUCUCUCAUCUUAGAAAUGUUCAUUGGAUUCACAAAAGAAUGUCUUACAUAUUGUUGACAUUUAUGUGAAUAUUCUUUAUAUUGUUGUAAAUGUUCCAUGCAACAUAAUGACAUUUUUUAAGGAUGUAUGUAUCUGAUUUACUUUAAGAUGUAUGUAUCUGAUUUUCUUUUAGAAAAUAUAUUUUUAUUUGUAUUUCUUACAUUUUAAGAUUCAUCUCUAUGUGCAGCUAUUUUUAUAUUUCAGAAAAGAUCACAUACAUACAAGAGAAAAGUACCAAAAAAAUAUUUUGGCAAACAUGCACUGCUUUUUUUUAAUGUUUUUUAUGCCAGUCUUAUUUGUAAUUGGUUAUCCUAAGAAUAUGUUGUGUCUUAUUCGCUGUAAAUAUGACACAAACCUGGUUUUUCCAAUAGUGUAAGUAACUGAAAUAUUGAAUUCUCCCUGUUUGAUUUCUUGUUUCAAUUUCAUUGUAAUUUCUCCAGCUGGCAAUGUUGAUCAAAAGACCCGUUUGGUUUUUGAUUUGGAGUUUGGAGAUAAUUGCCCUGUUUCAGCUUCUGUCUUUGAUUUUUUUAAACUUGUUUUCAGGGUUCCUAGUUUGUGAGAAGUUGAUCUUCAGAAUUAUUUUUACACUAUUUAUGACUUAUUUUCAUAAUGUAAAAAGUGUGUAAUUACUACAGUAUUAAUCCAAACAAUGAUAAUGAAUUGUAUUGUUAUAAAGCUUUAUCGAUGGUCAUGAAA